CUACUCCAAGAAGGGCUUGCAACUUGCCGGGAAUUAUCGAUUAAAAUAAUCCCCGCACAACAUGAUUUGCUUUUAAGAUUCUGGGGCGAGGUGGGCACUACAAUGACUACGGUUACAAUGUGGUGGGCCAUUUGGGAGACAAAGGCGGCCGGGCGUGGUGCUGGUCACCCAACCCCCUCGUGUGCCGUGCCGGCAUUCAUAGGUGCUCGCUAACAGCACUUGCCCCAACAGUCUGUUACAGGCUACACGGGGGAUCUGGCACCUCUGAUUGGCACGGCUGGUUACGUACGGUGCGAAAUAAGUUCAACGUACGUACAAGUGCGUUGUUGAACGUGAGUCAUUCACUUAUAUUACAUAUAUCACUCUCGUCUUCUCAUUAAACGUGCUACUUAUGACACUCGCUUGAUUAUAUAGUUAAAACUUCAAGUGGCACGCACGCAUCAUGGAGUGAUGCGUGAUUAGCAAACCAGGGCAGCUCCUGGAGAUGAUGAUAUUGUUUUUUGGGGGGGGUAGGGCAUUCCAUCCACUUUCACGCCGCGUGUAAGUGAAUUGGCUUCGUGUACGCGGGAGUUAUAAAAGCCCAAAGUUGGCGAACCCUACACUGCGCUGGUUUGGUUCAAGAUCUAGCUGGAAGCGCUGGCGGGAAGGCUUCGGUUUUAUACAAAACUCACCUCGACCAAACCCACAAGCUAAAUUUGUUUCGCUAUCACCUUCCGUGUUGCUCGAUGGUGGUGGUGUUGCUUUUGCCUCCCAUCGCAACUUCUAAGCGGUCCUACCGCGCUCCCACUCACUGCUGUCGCAGUUACCCGCUUGGCAAAUUUCUCUCGACAUGGCCACGAAUAUUCGGCGCAGGGUGGCGUCCAUGCCGUCCGCCUCGUCGUCGGAGAACGCCCACGAUGAGAACUGCAGCCCGAAGGCGGCGGUGGCCGUCGUGGCGAGUUCGCACGGCGCCACCAACGGGAAGGUGACCGCGGCGGCCACGGCUCGUGGCGGUUGCACGAGGAGGGCGUUCGGAUCCAUCGGCAACGGAGUCGUCGCCUCGCGUCGACGCGACGUCGCCAGCCAGGACUAUGCACUGCCCAAGCACAGCCCAUCCCUGACGACUGCAGCUGCCCCGUUUGUCAUUUACGAGGAGGCGGACGUGCACGCAGAGGUCAUCGCGGCUCCCUCUGCCUCCGCCGAUGUGUCGCGAGAGUCGAGGGGUCACGACCCCACGACGGAUCUUCGCGCCGUCUAUCAAACCACACUGAGCCUUCCCGCCAGCCUUGACGCCAGCGCAGCCUCCCCAAUGAUCCUGGACUCUUCCUGGGCCACCAGUGACAACUGUAGCUGCCAGGACAUGUGCGGGGUGGAGGUGAACAAGGAAACUGUCCAUGACCCCUUGGUUUUGUCCGAGUACUCUGUCCACAUCUACAUCUACAUGUGCAAAGCGGAGGCUCGCUACCGGCCCCGGGCGAACUACAUGAGCCGGCAGCAGGACGUGUCACAUGCGAUGCGCGCCGUGCUGGUGGACUGGCUCUCCGAGGUGGUGACCCAGUACGGCCUGCAGAGGGAGACGCUGCACCUUGCCGUCGGCUACAGCGACCGCUUCCUCUCGCGCAUGUCCGUCACUCGCGACAAGCUGCAGCUGCUGGGGGCUGCGGCUCUCUACGUGGCCGCCAAAUACGAGGAGAUCUACCCCCCAGACGUGCACGACUUCGCCUACACGACAGCCGACACGUACAGCGUGCGGCAGGUGCUGCGUAUGGAGCAGCUGCUGCUUCGCAUUCUCUGCUUCGACCUGGCCGCGCCGACCUUCACCCAGUUCCUGAGGUUCUACGCCCAGUGCCUGUCCACGCCCGAUCAAGUCGUCAGCCUCGCCAUGUACCUUGGUGAGCUGAGCCUGCUCGAUGGACAGCGCUACCUCCCCAUGGUCCCGUCCAUCCUCUCGGCAGCUGCGCUUGGUCUGGCGAGCUUGAUCAGCGGACAUAAGUGGCCGCUGGCGUUGGAGGAACUGACGGGGUAUAGUUUUGAGAUUCUGCAGCCCUGUGUGUCUGCCCUUCACAUCACGCACACAGGCAAGCAGGAGCAGCACAGCGCCUUCAAGACUUACCAGAGCCCCAGGAACUACAGCGUGGCACUCAUGGAGCCAGUAUCUGACUGUCCUUGGCUGCGUAGCGCUCUGGAGUCGUCGUGAUGCUCCACCAAAGCACUGCCGACCAUGGGGAAAGCGGCCAAUUUAAGCACUCCCUGUGGCUUUAGAACGUGCUUGCUAUAUUACUUUCGUGGGUUGGUACCCAAUCCCGUUUCCUGUUAAGCAUAUCGUUGCCAAUGCCGUUUGUGCUACAGCAUGCGAGAUGGCGCGAUUUUACAGCCAUUGAAACGAGUCUCUCAAUUACUAUUACGGGGGUCUUGUAUCUACUCGCAAAUUUGCAAAUUGUUACUUUUUUAACGGUUUUUUUCACGUAUGCUGGAGUGUAAUAGUUUUAUCCUAGACUUUAAAAUGCUGCACUUAAUACACUUUUUAAUAAUAUUGCAAAAGGAACAUGUUUUUAAAUAAAUGCAAGUGUAGAAGA